ACUUAUAUAAAUUCGAGUGCCUCUAUUCAUAUUUCUACUUUAGUUUUCCACAAACACCAUGAGACACGCGUGGAAGACACUUCUGCUAGUUACUUUCUUCUUCGGCAAAGGUAUCGCGAAUGAGUGCGUGCCGUACCGUAUAGACAACGACGUAAUCGCAUGUGUUUGCAAUGCAACAUAUUGCGAUGGACUACCAGAUGGUAGACCGGAAGUUCCAGAGGAAGGUAAUUCUUAUUGGUAUGUGACGAAUAAACAGGGGCUGAGAAUGAAGAUGUCAGAACUAAAAUUCGAUAGCUGCGAAAAUUUCCCUGUGGACGUAACGCUCACCAUAGAUAAUACGAAAAAGUAUCAAACGAUUUUUGGCUUCGGUGGCGCAUUUACCGAUUCUACUGGUAUAAACAUAGCAAAACUCAGCCCAGCUACUCAACUUCAAUUGAUUCGAGCAUAUUAUGAUCCAAAGGAAGGAAGCAGAUACACACUGGGUCGUAUACCUAUUGGGGCGAGCGAUUUUUCAGAAAGAUCGUAUACGUAUGACGAUACGCCCAAUGACACCACGCUUAAACACUUUUCACUUGCGAACGAGGAUUUCGAUUACAAACUACUAUAUGCGAGGAAAGCGCUUGAAUUCAAUCCCGAAAUUAAAUUCUUCAGUGCUGCAUGGACUGCUCCAUUAUGGAUGAAAAGCAACGACAACGGACUCACUUUCUUAAAAGAAGAGUAUUACCAAGUCUACGCUGACUAUCUGCUAAAGUUCCUCGAUGAAUAUAAAAACAACGGUAUUGACAUAUGGGCUAUUACGACUGGUAACGAGCCACUAACUGCCCUUAUUUUUAAAUUGCCAAAUAUCUCUAUGGGAUGGGAACCCGAAACAAUGUCUAAUUGGAUCGCUAACAACUUGGGUCCGACAUUAGCAUCGUCGCCGCACAAUAAAACACUGCUUUUCGCCUUUGAUGAAAAUAGACAGGUAUUACCCAAAUUUAUCGAACCAACGUUCCGAAAUCAAAACGCAAAGAAAUACGUUGCCGGGACAGCUGUACAUUGGUAUCAAGAUUCCAAAACUCCCGCAGAUGUAUUAGAUCAAACCCACGAUGAGUUCCCAGACAAAUUAAUUUUCAUGACCGAAGCAUCUGUAAUAGGACCUCCAAUAUGGAACACUUCGAAAGUUAAAUUGGAAGCGUGGCAUCGAGGUGAAAGAUAUAUUUUAAGCAUAAUAGAGUACAUGAACCAUUGGUCAAUUGGUUGGGUGGAUUGGAAUUUAGCUUUGGACGAAACUGGUGGACCAAACAAUAUUAAUAAUAAUAUCGACGCAGCUAUUAUCGUCAACCCGAAAACCGAUGAAUUUUAUAAACAACCUAUGUAUUAUGCUAUCAAACAUUUUAGCAGAUUCGUUGACAGAGGUUCCGUUAGAAUUUCUAUUACCGAUACCGAUACUAUCAAAUCUGCAGCCUUCGUUACACCUUCAGCGGAAAACGUCGUUGUCCUAUACAAUAGGGCUACUUCCCCAAGACACGUAGUUUUGAAGGAUGUACAGAAAGGUACACUUUGUUUAGAAUUAUCUCCGCAAUCUAUGAAUACUCUGAAAUACAAAUAGUAUGACUUCCUUACUAUAUUAUAUCAUUAUAUUAUAUAUUAUAUUAGUUCUAAUUAUAAAUCGUUAUUGUAAGAGAUAAAUCGAAUAAAAACCCAUCAGUGCAAAUAAAAAUAUUCAUGUAUAUAGUUCAA